AUGGCUGAUGAUAUCGAUUCACAUCGUGACAAGCGUCAAAGACUUGAUUCGGAUAGAGAUCAAGAGGCGGAUCAAAUGGAGGUAGAACCCCUUGGAGAGGCAACAAAUCAUGAUCGGAACGAUGAGAUGGAAAUAGAGGGCGAAAUUGCUACCAAGGAGAACAGCGCUGAACUGGGAGCUACUGGAAAGGCUGCAGAGCUAACGGUGGAUGAGAAGACCCUGGACCAACUACAGAAAGAUAUGGGUGAAGCCUUUCUUCUCUGCAGAUCCAACAUUCUCACAGAAGUUGAGCGCCAGAAACCGAACCCGCAGCAGCAUUUGUUGGCAUUAUAUGGUCUGGGCCCAUUAUUGCACAGUGUCGCUCGCACCGAUCCGAGGACUGGUGAGAAAAUAAAUAAGCUGCGGAAAUCGUACGAGGGUCAGAUCAAGGGAUUCGCUCUGGCGGGGCGGAACAAACCUGUCAAGGGCGAACGUAACGUGGAAGAAGACCAACCUGGACCGUUACGGCGCAUGGCUGGAUCGUCUGCUUGGGGCCUUCAACCAGAUGAGCAGUGGAAUGCAGAACACGCAAAGUCCAAGAUUGAAGUUACGCCUGACUUCCGAAACAAGUUGAAACAAGCCAUGCAAAUGCAGCCAGGCACAGUUCGCAACAACGCUCACUGGGAGGAUAUGCUCGGAUUCGAUAAGCCGAAACCGAACGUGGCUCCGGUGCAACAACCAACCCCUCGGCCUGUCGCAAACGGGGUGGUACGACAGUCUCAACAACCAUCUGCAGAAGCCAAACGACAGACUCGUGGGAAAAAGCGGAGUUAUGGUGAUGAUAGUUUUGUCGGCUACGGAGAAGGCUAUUCGGACCCAGAAGAUGGCGAUGGCGACGAAUAUGGCAGCCAAAGAAAACGGAAAAAGGUGAUAGCCACGGACUACUGA